AUGACACAACAGGUCAUCCAAGGACCGCACUCGAGGCAGCCCCUCUCGAGCUCCGAGUUCCGCAAUGACCGUCUAACUACUUGGCUACGUGAGACGGGCUCAUCCUGGAACGUCGCCCAAUCCUCUGAGACACAAGGGUCGCUCCAUGCCCACAGCUCCCCUUCUCUUGCACCUCCCGACUCGCCUCUACUCUCAUGUAGCACCACUGCGUCUUCCUGCAUUAGCGAUUGUUCUCCACAGCACCGCGUGUCAGUGCCUCCACCACUCGGCCUCUCUGAUCCUGUUCUUGCGGGCACGGGCAUGUGGUUCGCGAGUCUAUCUUCCCGGCCAAAAAAAAACUCCGAGGCUUGCUACCCGGAGUCCCCUCCACAGCUCCGACCAGAGAGCCGCCGCCUCAAUGCCUCAUUUCGAGAAAUACUCUUCAACAACCCCAAUUAUGCCGAGCGCCUCAUCCGCACAAUACAAAAUCUACCCUCGGAGGAUCGCAACCUCCUGCCCGACCAAAGCUUCGAUACCAUCACAUCUCUCGGUGGUGGUGAUAAUACUACCCGAGCCCGUGAUGGCUCGAGACGGGCCUCUACCAGCACCACCCCUGUAAGUCAGACGACAACCCCCUCAUCCGGCGCAUCAAACAAACGAAAGUCUCCGCCGAGUGUGAAUCAACAGCGCCUCGGUAAGGCUCCCGACAACAGCCCUGGAUCUGGCCCUGGAGGCGGGUCCGCCAGUGGUCACCGCCAGAGCAAGAAAUCGAAGACGAGCGACUUUUUAUACCUGUGUCCCUACCGCCGAAUCUACCACGUGAUGACUCCUCAAAAUAAGUUCAGAUCAUGCCAGCCACCAGGACAUUUGAAAGACAGCCAGGAUUCCAAGGCUAAGGAUGAGACUCAAGGCUCAGAUGGGCAUAUCAACCCCGACUACUCCAUGGACAAGGAGUCGUGGAACAAGGUCGCGGGCAUAUUUAAGAGUGCCUGUUCGAAGCGUUUCACGCCUGGGAGUGAGAAUUGGCUCAACAAUGAAAGAGAUUGCUAUCAGGAGAUCUGGAAGAUCAUCCUUCCCAACCAACCCAUACCAGAAUCACCUUUCUACGAGGACUCUGUCGAUGGACACCCAUUGAUUGAGGUGGCGCGCCGUAUGCUCGAGCCCGUCUUCGACGAAAAGGCCAAUCGAGCAAUUCAAGCCGGCCAAGUUACCUCUCUCGAGGACUAUCGACCAUCCCGAAAGGAGGCGAUUGACAUGAUGGCUGUCACUCUUGCCACGCUCUUCAACGCAAAACCACAGCUACUCCAUACCCAAUCUAGCUCUGACAUUCUUCCCAUCUUGGCAGAGAAUACUCCAUCUACGACACCGGCAAGAUCAAGCCGCGAUCACAUCAUCAGUCAGGACCCAUCACCACCAACAACCAUGGCACCACCACUCCCUGGGACUUUUCAUCAGAGCCCGGUUGCCGACCCAAAUGAAGACCAACAGCGUCUCGGGGCAUUCGACGGGAUGACAGGAAACGUUCGGCUAGAGACGCCCAUCAUGGCCCUCCUGGACCAUGCUAUGAACACCGCCGCCGCGACUAAUCCGUUACAAACGAGAAGGACCUCAGUGCCCCAGAUCUGUGCUAAUUUUUAUAUCGAGCCGCCUGCUUUUGAAAUCACGUUGAAAGGGCGGACGGAUCCUGAUCACAUCGGCGUUCUAAAAUGGGAGAUCCCCGUCCCGAAAGGCCUGGUCGUUGAGAGGUGCGAACAGCGCAAGAUGGAGCUACCUAUUAACUAUGGGCAGCCGGCAAUGUGUGGAAACUUCCAACCCGGGGUUACCAGCUUAGGCCCGCAGGUCCAGGGUGCUGGGGAACGGUCUAUUACUUUGGAUGAGGGUUGGUCUGAACUGGCGGACAUUUCUUCAAACUUUUUUGACGGGGGUGAGGGCACAUUUUCAGGGCAUAACAACUACCAGGACGAAUGA